GUGACUGUCUCUCUCAGAUCUGCGUGUGUCAGAUCUACAGCGUGAGGCAAAGCUGGAGUCUGAGCGCUUGAGAGACGUGGAGUCUCGCCUGGCUCAGGCUAACAGAGAGAUCAGCACCAAAGAACAGAGCCUGACACGCACGCAAGACCAGCUGACCCGUGCACAGACCCGCAUCACACAAGAGACUGACCGGGCCCAGGCUUCUGAGCAGAAAGUCAAGCACCUUCAGGAGGAGCUGAAGUGUCAAAGUCAGAAUGCUGAAACCAGCCGCUGUAACGCAGAGCAGCGCAGGAAAGACAUGGAGAGAGAACAUCAGAGGGAGCUGUUGGAGCUGCAGAGAGAGAGACAGGCUCUGGAGAGACAACACCAGCAGGAGAGCAACAGACUCAGCCAGGAGAUCCAGCAGGCCAGAACACUUCACAACACGCUGCAGGCUCAGCAUGACAAGGUGUGUUUGCAGAAGCAGAGUUUGGAGAGAGAUCUAGAGGAUGCGAGAGGAAAACUGAAGAACACCGAGUCUGACCUAAAAGAGAGUCAGAAGAGAGAGACACAGACGGAGGCCAAACUCACGGAGGCGGUUAGGGAUUGUGAGAGUCUCACUGUGUCUCUGGGGCAGGCGAAGAAACAGGAGAAAGCUCUACAGGAAGAAGUAAAGCGGUUGACUGAAGAGCUUGCCGAGGCUCUCAGGCUUAUUAAAGAACUGCAGGCUCAACUGGCUGCUCCUCCGGCUGUGUCUGCUGCUCACUUCAGCUCUGCAGGAGACUGCUUCUCUCCCUCUGUUUCCCUCCAUCGUGACCGCUCUCCUCCUUAUAGCCACUCCUCUCAGAGAAAGAAAGCCCCUAAAACAGGGCGAACAAGAGAAGAGGAGAGAAUAAAGUACCCCUCUGGCAGAGAGCCAGGAGAGGGCAUCGACUCGAAUGGGCAGCGCAUUGGGAAAUUUGAGUCUGAGGAAUCACAGAAAUUUAAAGGAGAAGGAAUCCGAACACACCCAAGUGACUCUCUGAAAAUGAGUGAGACUGAUGUAGAGACCACAGUGACAGAACAAGACACAGGUAUUGAAGACGUGGACACAGACUCGUUGACAUCUAAGGCAACCAGCGGCACAAUGCCCAAAAGUGAAUCGGACAUCUCUUACAGCCUGCACAACACAUCAGGCAAAACAGAAAAACGUGACUCUACACCUCUAAAAGUUCUGAAGAGAGAGAACAUGGAGCUUCGCGAUGAGCUUAGAGAUGUGAAACAUGAGCUUCAGACGCGACUUGAAGACCUCGAAACCCAGAGAAGAGCGGAAUCUGAUGCUAGGACCAAACUGAAACAGUUGAGCCGGAAACACUCGACACAGACAGAGCAGCAACGCGCCAAAGCUCUUGAGCUCAAAGAUAGCAUGACAAAACUGGAAGCCCAGCUGGAGCAAGAGAAGAAAGAGAGCACAAAACUGAGAGAAACUCUUCAUGCCCUAGAAAGAGAAGCUGAAAAGAGGCUGGAAGAGCUAGAGAGAGACCAGGAAGAAGGUACCCAGCUGAAGAACGUCUUGGCUGAGAUGGAGCAAAAGGAGACUUGCAUGGAAGAAGAAAUGACACGAAUGAAAAAGGACUUACAAGUCCUUCAGCUCAAGCUUGCACAGGAACGAGAGGAAAAAGAGAGGGAGAGAGAAGAGGUAAGGAAGCAGAUGAGAAAAGAGGAAGUGGAAGGUCUAAAGAUUGUACAGCUUCAAGAAGAGCUGGACAAUUUUAGAAAAUCACAGAGUUUGGGAGAGAAGUUAUCAAAAGACAAUCUUCCCCUCACAUAUUUAAAACUAGAACACCAUUCUAACACUGAUAAGAAUCUUGCUGUUACAGAAAACAAAGACUUGGUUUCUUCUCCUAACAAUCAAGAGUCCAUCUGUGACUCUGUGAACCUUCAGAACAAAGUGGUCUGCAAAGAAACCAGAACAGUGGAACUGAUUAUGGAUGUUGGAGCACAAACUAAACCAACAGAGGACAAGACCUCUGUCGCAGAGAUAGGUGGGACUCAAACAUUGAGUAAAGGUGCCUCAGAUUUGGACAGCACUUCUGUUUUAGUUUUAGAGGCGGAGCGUCUGAGGGCAGCGCGAGACCGAGAGUCCGAGAAGGCGAAACUAGCUCAAGGAAAGCUGGAGGACCUACAGAAGCAAGUGACCACUCAGACCAAGCACCUUAGCCAAGCUUUUGAAAGCCAGAGCAAGCACAUUGAGAACCUGUUGAAAGAGCUGCACGACAAAGACUGCGCCCUCCAGAAGCAGAGCGAGGAAUUGCAAAAAUGUGGAGAGAAAAUCUGUCUUCUUGAAGAAGAAAAACAAAUUAGGAUGACCAUUGCCCCUAGUGAGGUCUAUAAGCCUCCUGAACUGUCUUCAGAGAUCUCAAGAGAACUAAGCUGUGAUUCAGUCUUCAGCAACACAAGCAUAAGCGACUAUGAAUUGUUUAGUGAUGACGCACAACCGAUUUUGAAGGAGAAGUUCUCACGGCCUACUGUACUGUUUCCUGUUAUUCAAAACAUUGACCAAACCAAAACUAAUAAGAUAUCUGAUAAGCUACAAGCAACUGAAGCUAUCAAGCCACAUGAUUUAUGUCUUGCUUCAGACAUAAUUCAUUGGGGAAAUGCUCCGAAUUCUAGUGCUGUUUCGGAAGCAGCUGGACUUUGUGAAGUAAUUGAUGAGAACGCAACUUCUCUCUUGCAAGAUGAGCAGCUGGACGUUCUGAACUUCCAAAAUCAUGUUCCAGAACAUUCUACAGGUGAUCCCAAAGAGCUAGAACGAGUAACAAAGGAAUUACAGGAUGCGCAGCUUGAGCUGAAUGUGUUGAAGGCUCAGAAUUCAGAGCUUUCUCUACAAGGAGGUGUGAUACAAGAAGAGAUUCUGACUGUUAAACGAGAGAAUGAAGAGUUGAAAUUGAAACACUUAGGUAAAGAAACUUCUGCUACACAAGAUGCUGCCUUACUUUUAGAGAACACUGAAAAUGAAGAAUUGUCAAGCACAAAGGAAGGGUUACAAAGUGGCUUCCCAAUGGGACAGGAGUUGACCGUCCUUCAUGCAAAAAGCUCCAAGGCAGAGGUUCAGUCUCUUCAGGAGCAGAUCCAGGCAUUACAAGAGCAGAUCCAGCACCUCUCUGAGGAGAACAGGACACAAGCUGAAGAACUAGAACUCUGGAAGUUCUCUGAAGAAACAGUGGGCAACAACUCACCUUCCGUUGUACUAAAAGAGUUUGAGCUGUACCUCCCCUGCAGUCCAAGAAAGCUGCACACGCAGUCCCAAAUUACAAGAACCAAGAUGCACCAGUGCACUGUUAGAGAGGGCACACACUGGUCCCGAUUAGCUGAUAUGAAUGACCAGACCAACUUGGGGAAGCACGUGUCACCAGAAACUCAAAUGACACGCGAUGUGAGAGAAUCUCAAGGAUCUGUUGAGGAUCAUAAAACUGGAAAUGAGAAUGUAAUGACCAAAGAACAUGCUGAACACAAACGUGAACGCAGCUCUAUCUACAAAAGCAACAAAUGUCCUCCUGUCUGUGUCUCAGAUAUUAUGAGUAGUAAUACUAAAGACAAGCUGUCACCUCCACAGACCAAACCAACAGAUUACAGUAAUUCAGAUUCUCAGCCGAUUGCCUCAGUGUCUCCCGAGGAUCUGACCAAAGUAGCAGAUGCUAGUACGGACAGCCAGGAAGAUCCCUUAAUCGGUGUUUCCAUCACAACCAAAUAUCAGACCGAGGUAAUCAAGUCAAAUCCAAUCACAGAGUCCUAUGGGACUACAGACUUCAAAAAUUCGGAUGUGUUAUGCACUGAGCAUAAUGAGAUUGAAACCAUGGAAACUGUUGAUUUGGAUAAACAUGGACAUUGUCAUGGAGAAACAACAGAUGAAAAGAACAAAGAUGUGAAAAAUCCAAUCAAGAAUGAAUCGGCACAGUGUCAAAUGGUGGAGGUCAGGAAGGUCCGAACAGAGGUGAAGAGUGUAUCCACUCAGACAGAGGAGAGCCGAAAGCUCAUUUUGGGGGACAAGCGGCCAUCCGUCCACGCCUGCACCCCAAAAGAUGGCGAUCAGCUGGAGACGGUGCUAAAUAAAGACCCGACCCCACAGUCUGUUACAAACCAACUGUUAUCCAGCGUGUUCCCCAUGAAUAACCCAGCUCACCUCGCUGAACGCAUCCGGCAAAACCGCAGCCGCAUGUCUGCCGCUUACGACGAGACCGAAUACGAACCGUAUGGCCUGCCAGAGGUUGUUAUGAAAGGAUUUGCUGACAUUCCCAGCGGGCCGGCUUGUCCAUACGUCCUGCGAAGGGGGCUUCUGGGAACUGAUGCAGUGCCCCUCCCACGCAGAGAUGCCACGCCUCAGGAGGAUGAUGAUGACAUCGAGCCAUAAUACUCCUACACACCUUAUAUCUCCCAUAGACGUCUGUCUUUGUUCUCAGGUUUCCAUGCUGAAGGAAUUUCACUGCCUCUUUAAUCCUAAUGUACGUGUCAAGGGUGUCUUCUGCUCACUGCUCACCAUGACACUUGAGAGGAUCUGAGCGUUGCCUGUAUUAUGUGAUGUAGAAUUUAUAGACCCAAUUUAUAGUUUUGUGAUCUCU